CCUGCCUGCUCUGAACUUCACAAACUGAAGACCCGUCCCUAAACCUAGGGUGUAAUUCUCUAGAAUUUUCGGGUUGAGGAGGAAGAGUAGCUGAGCUAGGGAGCGGGUGGGGCUCGGUGCUCUCAUGAGUUCAGUUGGCUCAGGCCUCAAGUCAUGGCGCCCAAGAAGAAGCGCGGGCAAAGCUCUCAGCGCAAGCAGGCAGGAGACAAUGCGGAGCCCCCGCUCUCCGAGCACGCGCAGUACCUGCAGCGUGAGUGUUCGCUGCUCUCGGAAAACCUGGUGGCCUGUGAGCAGCAGGUGGACCUGGUGCUGCAGAACAAUAAAUUGUUGGACCGCGAGGCGCAGCGCUUGCGCGAAGAAAACCGGCUAUUUGCCAGUUAUAUGACCGCGCACGCUCAGCGCUGGGCCAACGCCAUCGUGCGCCUAGAGGACCAGAACCGCACGGACCUGGCGCAGAUCCGGUUUCAACGAGCUGAACUGGAGUCUCUUUACCACGGGCGUGAGGACGGGGUGCGUGCACAGCUGCUAGAAAUGAAGACGCGUGCAGAGAACAUGACACAGCAAGUGCAGGAGCUUCAGCCCUACAAGGAGCUACAGCUGGAGCAACUGGCGCGAAUCCGGACCCUGGAGCGCGAGCUGCUGCAUAUGCGCGUGGAGCACACGCAACUCCUCCAUCGGGUGAAGCGACGCUUCAUGGAUGACAAGGCUACUUUCGAGCGCGAGGCACGCCUGCAUGUGGUAUCCUUGACCCGCCGCGCAGAGCGGGAGGCGGCGCGUGCCCUCAUUUCGCACACACAUGCCAUCAGGAGAGAAAAUGGGCAUCUCCGACAAGAACUCCUGAGGCUUCUCCAGCGGGCCCAGUUACUGCAGGACAUGCGACAACAGCUGCUAGAGCAGCGGGAGCAGCUGCGCCGGGAGCACGAGGACAUUCGGAACCUGCAUCACGUGCACGGCUGGCUGCACAGGGGCCCCGGGGGACCACCACUCUGGCAGCCACCCCAAGCCCAUCAGCCCUCCCUGCGCUCUGGGUCACUUGAAUCUCUGCUGGAAUCUUCCUAUACAAUUUUAAGGGCUCAGGCCACAUCCCAAUCACUUGCUGCCUCCCAGGUCCCCUCGGUGGCCCAAUUACACCAAGGCUCCAAGGCUCCAUCAAAAGAGUCUUCUUUGGUCCCACCUCUAAAGGCUGGGUCUGUGAUUGCUCUCCCAAGUCCAUCACGUCCGGGAUCUCGAGUCCCAUCUCUGACUCCCUCACACAGGGGCUCACGGGUGUCAUCCAUGACCACAUCACUCAAGGGCUCCAGGGUUCCUUCCCUGGCUGUAUCAUCAGCUAGCUCUCUCUUGGUGACACGGUCGCGGGAGGACUCUCGGAUCUCUGCACAGUCCGUGAAUGAGUUCUCUCAAGAAACUGACACACCUGCAAAGCCCAACUUGAAGCUUCCCCCAGUUCAGUCCCAGGAUUCGAGCCCUGUCAGCCCACAGUUGGAGGAGACAGAAAACACUGAUGAUGCCACAGAAGUUGUCUUGGGGCAAGCCUGAACCCACAAGAGGGAC